ACCACCGCAUGCACAAAACAAAAAACGUAAACAUAUUAAUCAUCAGACGCGCUGAAUGUUGACGUUGUGCAUUUGAGAGUCUCUGUUCAUAUUGUGUGACGUGAUUAUUUUUUUUUUUCGUUUUGAAAAUUGAAAAAAUUAAUUCGAGUGUUGUUUACCAAUUGAAAGUGUUUUUUUUUGGACGUCGAUUGAAGUGUGAAUAUGGCAGAAGAUGUUGUUGCGCAAACGGCUGAGGGUGAUAAAAAAAUCGUCCAUACAUAUCCCUUGGUAAAGUAUUCGGAUAUGCCAGAAGAAAUGAAACUGGAAUGCGUCGAACUUAGUAUGACUGCUUGCGAGAAGUUCCAAAACAAUUAUGAGACGGCGGCGCGAACGAUUAAAGAAGCAAUGGAUAAAAAGUAUGGAGUUUAUUGGCAUGUGGUUGUUGGAGAAGGAUUUGGCUUUGAAGUAUCAUACGAAACAAAAAAUAUGCUCUAUCUAUUUUUUGCUGGAAACAUUGCCAUUUGCCUAUGGAAGUGCUCUUAAAUAUUAAAUAAUUUUUUUCUUCCGAACCAUUUUUCACUAUUUCUCACAAAACAACGCCGCCAAACAUCAAUUGAUAUGUGAACACGACGACAAUUAAGCAAUACCGCAUUCAAAACAAAAUAAUUAAGCAAUUCCAUACAUAUUGUACAAAUUUUUUUCGCUUCAAUAAGAUCGGGUUAAAUA